GUUGCGGAUUCAAACUCGUCCGGUUUAAAACUGGGCCCUGAAAACAAAAGUACCGCUUGGGGACCAAAUCACCAUAAAUGGAGAAGAAUGAGGCUGUAAUCUGGCUUUACUUCGGAGGCACCUUGUCUCCCGUCUAACCAGUGAUUGGCUGCCCGGAUCUUCGCUAUCAAGCCACUGGCCGACACUGGUGUCCAUCAGAGUGGUUCUGCCUCGGGACAGAAAAGCACUCCUGCUGCUGUCAGCAGUGCUGCUGUAUUGUAAACUUGCACAGUUACAAUGCAACCGGACUUGUUUGCACUUUGGCUGCAAUGAAACAUUAUUGCAGGUGAAGUAAGGAUCGAGUGAGUCGGUGUUUGACAUCAGAGCCAGUGAUGGCGACAAACAGCCUGAGCACUGCCAUCAUGGAAGCUGAAGAUGAUGCCCCAGCUCCUGCUCAGUUAAGCAACGACACUGCCGUGUGCAUUGUUUCUGUGAAAGGCUUAAAGGAGAACUGGCAGAAGUGGUCCAAUGAGCACCAGGAGUACCAGAAGCAGAACCCCUUCAGUCAAGACACCAGGCCCAGUAUGGUGGUCCCUCAGAAAGGGCAGGACGACUACGGGAGGCCCCUGCAGGGCUCCUUGACGGAGCAGCGAGGGAAGGAUGCUCACACACACAUCAGCAACGAGGUUCAGGAGCUGUGUGAGGUGAUAAGGAACAUCGGUGAACAUAGAAACCAAGAUGGGGAUGGAAGCGACAGCGAUGGGAAAGUUAUCACUGUUGAAUUUGGGAAACUGUUUGAGCAUUAUGUGACUAUCUCUAAUAAACUGGUUGGGAUUCUUCUACGAGCGAGGAAGCAGAGGCUGGUUGACUUUGAGGGGGAGAUGCUGUGGCAGGGGCAGGAUGACCAUGUAGUUAUCGCUCUGUUGCAGUGACAAGAAACUUGGAUUACUGUUUAUGCCUUGGUCCAUGUUACAUUAAGUACUAGCAGAGGGAAGUAUAGAGCUACUUCAUGGCAUCACUCACUGUAGUAUUCAGAUAGCAGGGGGAUUGCAAUCAUUUUAUUUAGAAAAAAAGUGCUCUUUUUCUUGCUUACACAAGAAACCUCAGUAGCUGAUAACACACCACCUCCCUGAGGAAUGUACUUUAAGCGUGCUAAUGCAUUUUCUCCUCAUGCUAAAAACGCAAGAUCUACUAAAUCUACUGUCCAAAGUGCAGAUACUUGCAGGAGGUAGAAAAAGUAAACCUGAAAGAAACGGACGGAUAUAAGUUAAUCUUUUAUAAACUUAAUUGAUUACAGAUUUGGGUCAUUCCAGGCAAAAUGCCUAUUAGCAGCAUUUGUCAGCAAUAAAAAAAAAGUCAUCAGCAUGUUGAUAUGCGAGUUUUCAACGCAAUUAACUAAAACUUACAACAUAGGGUGAAAUACUGUUCAUACGUUGAAACUUAACAAGAGAUAUGUCAGAUAUACUGUAGAUAUGCCUAAUAUUGCCCUCCUUUAGUGGUGGUUACUAGGGUGACAUAGUUACUUUAAAAAGAGUACAUUUUCAUGUAUUUACAUUAUUUCAUAUUUCACUCAGUGUUGCUAAACCAACAUUGGUCUAAAUAACUAAAUAUUUUCUUCCCUAGCUUUUUCAUGUGAGGAAAGUGGAGGAGUGAGCAGCUGAAAUGAAGUCAGAGUGAACCAAAGCCAAAGAGAACAUGAGGCUGCCUGUGACAGACAAUAUGGUGCUAUAGGAUGAACUUGAUCCGACUUGGCUCGGUGCUUCAGCGCAUGUAUUUAUAUAUUAAGUGUGCUUUGUAAUUCAGGCAACGUCAUUACAGUUUAAAACUUUGUAUACCUGCACCACACUGAAAUGCUGCUUUAAUGGAGUGAGAACUACACAGUAAACUAUGCACAGACUAAUAGAUGGCAUAAUAUCUGCUGCUAUUAAAAGUAAUGGCCAUGCAAACUAAUGGAAGUUUCUUUAGCAUGAGUCAGCAGUAAAUUGAUCAAUUUGCAAGUACAUCUUAUGGUAUUAUAAUAAAGAAAGAAAAGAAA